AUGAAAGCAAAAAAUUCUAUGCAUGGCAUUAUUUAUGAUUUACCGAAUUUCUUGGCUCUCUCUCUGAAUGAAAAUAAUGGUUCAAACGUGGUAAUGCUGGAUAUUUCGACGCCAGCAGUAAUUGACAAGGCUGAAAGUAUAGACUCAUCGGGUUAUGGUUCAGAAGAUAUAUGUGAAGUAGCCGACAAGGAAGCUGAUAUUAGCGAUAAUUCCGUAUCACCAUUAAUGGAUAAAGAAAAUUUUGAUUCAUCAGAUUAUGGUUCUGAAGGUAGUACCGACAUCAAUGAGAGAGUGUCAUAUGUCGCGGACAGUGCUUCUCUGUCGCCAUCAACUAGAAGAGGAGAAAAUUCUCGUCCAGAUUUUGAACACGUUCUUCGUCGUCUUUCACAAGAGUUGAGACAUAUUUCGUUACUUGUUUGGCGUCAAAAGCGAGAUGGGCCUAUCAAAAUCUGGACUAAUACAAUCAGGAAGAUUUUGAACAUAAAAGAAGACCAGCAGUAUAUGGACUUAGACUAUGGAUUAGCUUCUGUUACUAUCAGUGAAAAUGGUCUCAAAAUACAUGGAGAAGAUUCAGAAAUCUGCUGUGCCGAAAUUGGUUUUUUGCAAGAUUCAGGAAUCAGUGGUUACAGAGAAAAUGGUUAUAUACUUGAUGGUUUUUUAAAAGAACAUGUUGGUCUUAAUUAUUCUGCCAUGGAAUAUAAAAAUUCUCCUGAGCCAUAUACUUUGGAAAAACCUCCAUCAUGUUGGCUUAUUCAUAAUGGUUGUGACAUUGGGAAUACAGAAAUGUGUAUAGAUAUACCUACACACAACUGUAUUCCACCUAUUACUCCUCGAUCUCUCAUUCAUCAUGGAACAUCCUUAAGCAUUGAUGAAUCAUGUGUAUCAGUGAAUAUGAAGAAUACACGAAUAGCAGCCAGUGGAAUCUCAGGAGAAUUUUCUUGCGAUAUUAAAUCAAACGAUUUUAUGUCUCAGCCACUUAAUUUAAUGAAGGCAAGGUCAAAGUGCGAAAGGCGGCAACCAGUUGAACAGGUGUGCAAAAUAAGAAAAGCGAAAUUGGAAAUUGCUGCAUUCGAUCCUGAUAAUCUUGCAGCUGGUCAUUUUAGAAUGAAAACACCAUUGAAAUCAAAUAAAAUUAGCGCAAGGCAACAGGUUUGUGCAACGUCAAAGAAAAAUGUUUCAAGUUUAGAAAAUAGUGUUGCUGAGAUGGGGAGAAAAGAAGUUUUAUGUAGAAAAAAGCUUCGAAAUACGAUAUCAUUAUUACCAAAAAAUAGUUCGCGCAAAUGUUCAUCAUCUUUAGUAGCAAGUUUUCCAGUUGGGAUGAGCGGUACCGAGUUUCUUGGAUUAUUUACAUAA